AUGCUUCGGGCUGGAUCCAGAAUAAUGCGCCUUAGUGUACUUAGAGACCAUUUAAGAGGCCAGAUUAUCUCCCCUUGCUCUAGUGCGGCAGCAGCAGAGGGCAGGAAUGACAUCAAAGCUGUGAUAUUUGACAUGGGUGGAGUGGUCGUUCCUUCUCCUGGCCCACUUUUCAAAGUUUAUGAAGAACAACAUGGAUUGCCAAGGGGGACAAUUCUUGAUGUGAUUCGUGAAGGUGGAGCUGAUGGCAGCUGGUCGAAGUUGGAGUGUGGAGAAUACAACCUGCAUCAGUUUGGGGAGAAGUUUAGCAAAGAGUGUUCUAAUAAGGUGGGCCGGCAAGUCAACAUGUCUGUGCUCCUCCCAGACGGCCCUGAUGCUGCCAGGUUCUUUAAGCCUUACCAAGAAAUGGUGCAAGCCAUUGAAAAGAUCCGAAGCCAUGGCUACAAAACAGCACUGCUGACGAACAACUGGAAGAUGCAGGACGAAACAAACAUACCUGUGGACAGGGAUCUUUUUGAUGUGAUUGUGGAGUCCUGUCUGGUAGGAAUGAGGAAGCCGGACCCUCGCAUUUAUGAGCUGUGUCUGGAGCGUCUCAAGGUCACUCCCGAGCAGGCUCUUUUCCUGGAUGACCUUGGGGUUAAUCUGAAACCUGCUCGAAACCUAGGGCUCCACACUAUCAAAGUGUCUAGUCCUGACCAGGCGGUGGCUGAGAUGGGGGAAUUUUUGGGGAUUCCCCUCCAGACUACGAAUGUGUUGACAGGUACAGAGGAGGUCCCAAAGAGGUUGAAAAUCCCAGAGGAAAACCUCACCUCCUAUCUGAACAACACACUGGGGAUAUACUCUAAAGAACCAGUGCAGCUAAGAGCGUACAAACACGGACAAUCUAACCCUACCUAUCUGGUUCAGUAUGGGGGCAGAAAUCUGGUGCUGAGGAAAAAACCUCCUGGCAAACUGUUACCCUCAGCUCAUGCUGUGGAACGGGAAUUCCUGGUGAUGAAGGCAUUAGGGGAACAGGGUGUGCCUGUACCUGAGGUGCUCAGCCUUUGUGAAGAUCCGAGUGUGAUCGGAACCCCAUUCUACGUGAUGGAUCAUGUCCCAGGUAAUGUCUACACAGACCUGGACAUGGGAGGUGCCAGCGCUGCUCGGAGAUCGGAAAUUGUGUCAGCCAUGUGCGAAGUACUGGCCAAAAUACACUCAGUGGACAUUAAGGCAGCUGGGUUAGAGAGUUAUGGGAAGCAAGGCGAUUAUGUGAAGAGGAACUUUACGCGCUGGGCAAAACAAUAUGAAGCCAGCAAGACUCAUGAUAUUCCGUCCAUGUCAAAACUGAUGGAUUGGAUUUCGGAGAGAUUUCCAACCCAUGAGAGCAUGUCGGUCAUCCAUGGUGACUUCAGACUGGACAAUUUGAUAUAUGCCCCAGACAGUAGUGAGGUACGGGCUGUACUGGACUGGGAACUGUCAACACUGGGGGACCCUCUCACAGAUCUGGCCGUUUGCUGCGUGGGAUAUUAUUUGCCUCCAGACUCCCCUUUUGGGGCAUCACAUUGGGAUCCAAAGAAAUACCCAGGUCUGCCGAAGGUGGAGGAGUUUGUGGCUGAGUACUGUCGGCGCAUGAACAUAUCAACCCUGGAUAACUGGGACUUCUACGUGGCCUUUGUCUUGUUCCGACUGGCAGCUAUUCUACAAGGUGUUUAUAAAAGAGCAAUAUCAGGCCAGGGCAGUUCCCCAAAUGCAGAGAUCGUGGGCAAGUUUGCAGAGAAGGUUGCAGAUACAGGCUGGGAAAUUGCAUCAAAGAGCAAGAUCCAGCCAACCAUGGCUGCUGGCUCAAGACCAAAGUCUGGGUCUGCAGGGACACGCCAGUACUCUACAGUGUCCUCAUCGAGACCCCCUCAGCACACCACCAGGAAAUUCUCCACGUCCAGUCCAUCCAUUCCUGCCAUGCCUAUUAGUGUCAAGUCGUUAUCCCCAAGAGUACAGGACCUUCACAGGCGGGUUCGAGACUUCAUAGAGACGCACGUCUUUCCACUGGAGAAGGAGCUCCAGGAGUAUCAUCGUGACCCAAAGAAGCGAUGGACUGUCCAUCCCAGGAUGGAGGAGCUCAAGGCAAUGGCCAAAGCUGAAGGCCUGUGGAAUUUAUUCCUACCACUCGAAACUGACCCGGACAGUAAGUUUGGAGCGGGAUUGACGAACUUGGAGUACGCGUUUAUCUGCGAGGAGAUGGGGAAGUCGCAUAUAGCCUCUGAGGUGUUCAACUGUAGUGCCCCAGACACAGGUAACAUGGAGGUACUGGUGAGGUAUGGGACACCCGAACAACAACAAAGGUGGCUACGGCCGCUCUUGGAUGGACAGAUAAGAUCCUGCUUCGGGAUGACAGAGCCACAGGUGGCUUCAUCUGAUGCAACAAAUAUUGAGGCCUCAAUAGAUCGUGAUGGAGAUGAGUACGUGAUUAACGGCAGGAAGUGGUGGACAUCAGGUGCACUUGAUCCCCGCUGUAAAUUGUGUAUCUUCAUGGGGAAAACCCAAAAGGGAGGGGCCAUCCACAGACAACAGAGCAUGGUGCUGGUACCUAUGGAUGCUCUCGGUGUAAAGAUUAUACGGCCCCUAAGUGUGUUUGGCUAUGAAGACCCUCCAGGUGGUCAUGCAGAAGUCUUGUUUGAGAAUGUACGCAUCCCGUCCUCUAACAUGUUACUGGGGGAGGGACGUGGGUUUGAGAUUGCCCAGGGGAGACUGGGCCCAGGACGUAUCCAUCACUGUAUGAGGCUGAUAGGAAAUGCAGAGAGGGCGCUAGAUCUCAUGGUGGAAAGAGUCCAGAGUCGAGUGGCCUUUGGUAAAACUCUAGCAGAGCAGGGAACAAUACAGGCUGACAUUGCUCAAUCGAGGAUAGAGAUAGAACAAACCAGGUUACUGGUGCUCAAAGCUGCUCACCUUAUGGACAUUGCUGGCAAUAAGGUGGCAGCUCCAGAGAUUGCAAUGAUCAAAGUGGCAGCUCCUAACAUGGCCCAGAGGGUUGUGGACAGGUGCAUACAGGCGUACGGAGGCGGAGGUUUGAACCACGACUUCCCUCUGGCCAUGUUUUACAGCUGGGCGAGAGUGUUACGAUUGGCUGAUGGACCAGAUGAAGUUCACAGACGAACCGUGGCCAAGAUGGAACUCCGCAAAACUCAGAGGAUGUCCAAGCUUUAGAUGUUUGAAAAUGGAUGCCAGGCAUAGAUUUACAUUGUAAUACAUUGUGAGCCAUUUAUUAUGGGUGUUAAUAUUGAGAAUAUUCAGGAGUUUUACAAUUAUUAUUAUUAUUAGUCUGGACAAAAGUAAUGGUCUCAAAAUGUCGGAAUAUGUUUUUAGUAUAGAAUUUCAUGAAAUGGAAACACUACAAGUAUUUUUAAGUUUCAUUCAUUCACCUUGUGUAAUUUUGCAGCUAUAGGUUUAAAGAUGGCUUCCUCUCCGGCCGUAAGUGGGAAGGUCUGGCAGAAACCUGUGGAUGGUCGUGGGUUUCCCCAGG